AUGUCGAACCCGCCUCCGCCUUUCCCUCCUGCCGGUUACUCUGAGGACGUCUUCAGACGCGUCCGCGUGUUGUUCGGCGGUCAGUACGUCGCCGACGCGCCUCAGCCCAAGCUCGUCUGGGAGCAUCCCUGGUAUCCUCUCUGGUACUUCCCCAAGGACACCGUGGGAAAGGAGUACCUCAAGAACGCCCAACAAGCUACCGACGGCAAAUCGACCUAUGAUCUAGUCGUUGGCGACAAGAAGGCCGAAGGCGCCGUGACCGUAUUCGAGCAGGGCGACUUGGCGGGUUAUGUCAAGAUCAUCUUCAGUGCCGCCGAUGCCUGGUUCGAGGAAGACCAGAGGGUAUACGUGCACCCGAAGGACCCUUACAAGCGCGUGUCAAUCCUGCCUUCCUCGAAGCAUAUUCGCGUCGAAGUUGACGGCGUCGAGAUCGCAAACACCAAGUCAAGCCAGAGGCUAUACGAGACGGCUUUGCCUAUCCGGACCUACAUCCCGCUCAAAGAUGUCCGGGUUGAUCUUCUAACCGAUGCAGCCUUGGUCACUAGCUGCCCAUACAAGGGAGACGCCCACUAUUACGACAUCAACCUCCCAAGCGGAAAGAAGGAGGGCUUGGUGUGGUGGUACAAGCUGCCGACUAUGGAGAGUGCGCAGAUUGCGGGUCAUGUGGCGUUCUACGACGAGAAGGUGGAUGUUUGGGUUGAUGGGGUCAAGCAGGAAAGGAUGAAGACACACUUUCUAGCGAAGGCCAACGACCCGAUCCUCAGCGUGGCGCAACAUCGAACCCGCGCUUGA